AUGAUGGAUGAAGAUGGAUUGAGUAAUCGGAAUUGGGGUUACUACGAGCCGUCUCAGUUCAGAUCCAAUUUAGGGUUUCAACUAAUACCAAGCACAGUCACAGACCGAAACGAAAAGCCAUUCCUUUCCCCACAGAAUCCAAACUUCAUAAACCCCGACAAUGGCGGUAGCAGCAGCAAUGUAAUGCCAUUCCCGAGAGAUUACAACACAGUCCCUGAAGCACCAUUCAUGAGCUAUAGCUGGCUAAACCAGCACAGAGACAGCAAGUUCUUCAACAACUUCCUUGCUCCUCCAGACCAAUCAAGAACUCAACCAAUGCAGCUUCUUCAGAUUCCCAAACCCGAGAUCAAGAGAAGGCAAUGCAGUGAAGCUGGUUCCAAGAGGAAGCUGAAGGACAACAAUAAUGUUCUUGGAAUGCAGAGAGAGAGAAGUCCUUUGAGGAAGAAGACCAUAUCAAUGGUGAUCAACGGUGUCUCAAUGGACAUCGGAUGCUUACCGGUUCCGGUUUGCUCCUGCACCGGUCCGGGUCAGCCGUGCUACAGAUGGGGCUGCGGAGGGUGGCAGUCCUCGUGCUGCACCACGAACGUCUCCAUGUAUCCUUUGCCGAUGAGUACCAAACGGCGAGGCACUCGAAUCGCCGGCAGGAAAAUGAGCCUAGGAGCUUUUAGGAAAGUUCUUGAGAAACUCUCUUCUGAUGGUUUUGAUUUCUCAAACCCUAUUGAUUUGAAGUCUCAUUGGGCUAAACAUGGUACCAAUAAGUUUGUCACCAUCAAAUAA